AUGGCCAUUGGGUGGCUUUUUUUCCUAUUUGGUUCCUACACAAAAUUGAAUCUACAAGGCACACGAUCAUAUCCGCCAUGCCUCUUCAACACACAAGCAGAACAAGAUUUAUACAAACGUCUUCGAGAUGUGUAUGAAGAGCAUUGCCACACUUGGGAUGCCGAAGCACUUGAUGCAUGGCCAGUCAUUGUUGAACAUGCAUCGCUGGCGCCCUCAACAAUUGGCAAAAUUACGAAUCAUUAUAUCACGAGACACAUGGUGACUAACGGCGUGACAUGGGCCCAUGUUGUUGCGCUUCGAAUCAUCUAUGACAAGCAGCUCUACAAGAGCAAAAAGAUUACGCGACUCGUUAGAGACAGAUAUCCAAAUGCAAGUUUUGAAUCAUUUGGUUACAGCGAGGAUUACACGCUCUCCUUCAAAUCCGAAAACGCCAGAGCCAGAGAAGCACAAGAGCCUGCUGUCCCAAAAUCUCCAGCUGAGGAGGACAGUCUACAAAGACAUCAGGGCAAUGGAGGUCUACCGCUCACUAAAACACCUCCGAAUAACCACCGUGAGAUGAGUACAGGGACCGUUGAAUUCCUGAGCGAAGGAAAUUCUUCUGACGACGAACUUCUUAAGUGGCGUUCAUCUAAGAGGAAGAAACGGCGGCCUACUCGACAUGCAGCAUCGAGAAAACAAGCCACCGCCAACAAUAUACCGAAGGCAGCCGGAGUUGAUCCACGCGACAGACGCAGCAAGAGGCCGCGCCAUGCGGCCAGAGACACUCUAGGUGAAUCUCCUCGCUCUGGAGAGGUAGGAGAAAGGCCAAAUGAAAAGCAAGAUGACACAGUGGACAUUCUGGAAAAGUUCAUGAGUGCCAUCAAUGAAAAUACAAAAGCAGUCAAGGAGAACACACGAGCGACCGAGGAGAAUACAAGAGCUAUGAAGGAGAUGAGGGAACGGAACAAAGCUGCUCUAAGAAAAGCGACGAAAAAUUAAACCGUGAAAUGGUUUGAGAUCUAUACGGAGUAGAUUAUUGUAGAUGGCGUUUUCAAGAGAUAGACUCAUACAGUUAGUAGUAUCAGAGCUAGGGCAGCUAAUACAGUACGCAAUGGUAAUAAUUUAACUACAUACUAAAUCAAG